AACACUGCUUCCUCAUUCAUACGAGAGGCGGGGCAAUAUUCAUAUUCAACAAUCUUCUGCUCUGCAGCUCAGUUGGAGACGAGACGCUUGAUAACAUGGAUGAAGAUACUGGGGGCCCUUCUCCUUAACAAAGACAUACCGAGACACGAAGAGAGAGACAACCAAGAAAGAACCGAUCCGAGCAUGGAGAGUUUUAAUGGAUCAAGUCCUCACAAUGUGAGCCUUGGUGAUGUGGUCAACACCACCCCUACCCUGGAACCCUACAGCACCCUGGAGAAGACCCUGAUCAUCCUGGUGGCUGGCUCCCUCAGUCUUGUCACCAUCAUCGGAAACAUUCUGGUCAUGCUCUCGAUAAAGGUCAACAGAAACCUACAGACUGUCAACAACUACUUCCUGUUCAGCCUGGCCUGUGCGGAUCUUAUCAUUGGCCUGUGCUCCAUGAACCUGUACACUGUGUAUGUCGUGAUUGGUUACUGGCCCUUGGGUGCCAUAGUGUGUGAUCUGUGGUUGGCUGUGGACUACGUCGUGAGCAAUGCCUCGGUCAUGAACCUCCUCAUCAUCAGCUUUGACCGCUAUUUCUGCGUCACCAAACCACUCAGCUACCCUGUGCGUCGCAGCACUAAGAUGGCAGGCUUGAUGAUUGCCGCCGCUUGGGUCCUGUCCUUCGUCCUCUGGGCACCGGCCAUUUUGUUUUGGCAGUUCAUUGUUGGCGGGCGCACAGUGCCGCAGGGGGAGUGCUACAUCCAGUUCUUCUCAAACGCCGCUGUGACCUUUGGCACGGCCAUCGCCGCCUUCUACCUGCCUGUGGUCAUCAUGAUCGCCCUCUACUGGCGGAUCUCCAAGGCUAGCCGCAGCCGUGUCAAGAGGAGCAGCAGGAAGACCUCCAAAGCCAGCCUAGGCGAGGUUCCUUCUCAGAGCCAGGAGGAAGGGGAGGGGGGCCGGCACAAUGAUUGCCAGAGCAGGACUGCUAGACUGAGUGUGUCCCAUCCACUAAAUGGGAGGUUGGAAAAGAACAGUUCAUACGCAGAGAGGAAAUUGGUCGGAGGUGGUCCUGCACAGCAGGAACCGGAAGAGGAGUGGACGGCUCCUAGUGAACUAUCAGAGAAUAGGCAGGAAAGUGAGAGGUCAAGCCAAAGGCCAAAGACAUCAAAAGGAGGGACCAAAGGAUUGGGUGCCAAACUACCCUGUUUCAAAAGUCAGACCAGGAGUCGGUCCAAACCCUUUCCGGAACCCAGCCCAGUGGCUGAAAAGCAGAACCUGUUUUCAAGAAGUCUGUUUAAGGUUGCCAAAUGUAGCUUGGAGGUAAAGUCCACCAAGAGGUGCACUUCCUCCCGGGAGAGGAAGGUGACGCGGACCAUCAUGGCCAUUCUGGUGGUGUUCGUGGCCACCUGGACCCCGUACAACGUCAUGGUCCUCAUCAACACCUUCUGCUCCACCUGCAUCCCCAAUUCGCUGUGGACAAUCGGCUACUGGCUGUGCUACAUCAACAGCACCAUCAACCCAGCCUGCUACGCCCUGUGCAACACCACCUUCAAGAACACCUUCAAGCACCUGCUUAUCUGCCAGUACAAGAACCUUAGCUCAGCUCGAUGAAGGGGGCAGGUGGGCUCAUGGCAGAAUUCAUGCAGAUCAAUGUUGGUACUAUAGGCAAGCUGAACGUUAUCAUACUAAAUUAUGACCGAAGGGUUCUCUUAAAGUGGAUAUGUCUUUGUGUCUCCAUACACUUUUUAAAUUUGAAUCGCAGUGAUCAGUUAAAAAAACAAGUUCAGAUAAUUAUAACAUAUCCAAUAUAUAAGACGUUGGAAUGGAAAUUCAGAGCGAUAUAAGAUUGUGUGCUAUACAAGACAAUCAGACGGCAUAAUAUUCAUGUGAAAGGUUGUUUACGUUUUUGUGUGCGUGUUUGGGCAUGUGAACAGGUUUGUAACCUGCCUGGUUCCAUGUGGUUGGAUGCGUUGGUUUUGUGUGAAGUGUCAACAUGUUUCCUCCACCAUGUUACUGUCAAUGUGUCAAAGCAUCUCAUAUUCAUCUCAACCCAUGUAUUAAUUGUUCCCAGUAUAAAACAACAUGAUAAAAACCUUA